AUGGCAGAGUCUUUAAAAGAAGGGUCAAAGAAGAAAACUAUUGAAAACAUAGAAGAGAAAGUAAAAGAAACUCAUGUUGAAUCACCAAAUGUCACAAGUAGUGUGAGGAAGAGGAAAGCUUCUGGGAGCAUAGACAAUUUUUUUGCUCCUAGGACAACUCCUGAUUCCCAACCUGGCAUUAAGAGUGCAUUAGCAACUAAAGAAGCAAAGCAUAAUGUGAAAAUGUUGAUUGCUGAAUGGGCUAUUGUAAACUGCAUUCCGUUUAAGGCGUUUGAUUGUCCUUUAUUUCAAAAAGCUGUGGAUGGCAUUGCUUCAAUAGGGCCUGGGUUUAAAGCUCCUAGUGCUUAUGAUUUUAAAACCAACUUGUUGAGUGACUGGAGAAAAGAAUGUCAGUUACUCAUUGAUAGCCAUCGAGCUAAAUGGAAAAACAAUGGUUGCACACUCAUGGCUGAUGGAUGGACUGAUGUUAGACAGCGUACUUUGAUAAACUUCUUAGUGUAUUCUACACAUGGUAUGGUAUUUGUGAAGUCUGUUGAUGCAUCAGAUCUAGUUAAAGAUGCCAAAACUCUAUUCACACUAUUUUGUGAAGUCAUUGAGUGGAUUGGUCCUAAAAAUAUUGUUCAUGUGGUGACUGACAAUGCAGCUAACUAUGUAGCAUGUGGUAGAUUGAUUAAAGAGAAGUAUAAAAGUAUUUAUUGGUCACCUUGUGCUGCACAUUGUUUGAAUCUUGUAUUGAAAGACUUUUCAAGCAUGCCUCAUGUGUCAGACCUUGCAUCAAAGGCAUCAAAGAUAACUGUAUUUGCAUAUAAUCAUAUGGUUUUCUUAUCAUGGCUGAGGAAAAGACCGACUUGGAAAGAAAUUGUGCGUCCUGGUGCCACAAGGUUUGCUACCACAUUUAUUACAUUGCAUAGCAUAUAUAUGCACAAGAAUGACUUGCAAGCUUUAGUUGUUGAUAAACACUUUGUGGACCACAAAUUAUCAAGGACUGAAGCAGGAAAAAAUUUCAGUGCAAUCAUAUUGGACAAUCGGUUUUGGAAUGAUUGUUAUCAAGUUGUGAAAAUUGUAUCUCCUCUUAUAAAAUUGUUGAGAAUUGUUGAUUCAGAUGAGAAGCCUUCAUUGCCUUAUGUUUAUGAAGGCAUGCGAAGGGCAAAAAUGGCAAUUAAAGAGAUGUUUAAGAAGAACAAGGACCUGUAUAAGCCGUACACAACAAUCAUUCAAACUCGAUGGGAUAAGCAUUUGAAGACCAAUCUUCAUGCAGCAUCAUAUUUGCUGAAUCCUGCAAUCACAUAUGCUCCAGACUGCCCGAUCAAGUCAAAGUUAAUGAUGGCUUUAAUUGAUGUGGUGGAGUCUUACUCAGACGAAGAGGUUGAUGGCUUCUUGGUAAUGAAACAAGCAACUACUUAUCGUGAAGCUAAAGAAUCCUUCAGUAGACCAUCAUGUCAAAAAGCAGCACAGAAACUUGACCCUUGUAAGUGUUUGUAUUUAAUAGUUAAUAGUAUAUUGAUGGUCAUUCACUAA